AUGAGACCCCACAAUCAGACAAAUGUGAGAGAGUUUGUGUUUCUGGGAUUCUCCCAUGUGCGAGCAACCAACCUGUGGCUCUUUGCCGUGGUCUUCUCCAUGUACCUCAUCACUCUGGCAGGCAACGUGCUCAUCAUUACAGCCAUCCGCAGUGACCCACGGCUCAACACCCCCAUGUACUUCUUCCUGAGCAAUCUCUCCUUUCUGGAUAUCUGCUACACAACAAGUGUGGUGCCCCAGUUGUUGGCCCAUUUCCUGACCAGUCACAAGACUAUCUCUUUUGAUCGGUGCAUGGCUCAGCUCUACAUCUCUUUGUUCCUGGGUAGCACUGAGUUUAUCUUGUUGGCAGCCAUGGCCUAUGACCGAUAUGUUGCCGUCUGCCACCCCUUGCAUUACACAGCCAUCAUGAACCCAAGAGUGUGCAACCGCUUGGCAAUCGCUUCCUGGUUCGUCGGUUUCCUCAAUGCCCUGGUGCAGACGGGGUUCACCCUGUGCCUUCGCUUCUGCAACCUCAACAUCAUCAACCACUUUGCAUGUGAAGUCCUGGCUGUUGUCAAGCUGUCGUGCUCGGACACGUUCAUCAAUGACAUUUCACUGAUGGUGGCUGGUGUCAUUGUGCUGUUGAUCCCUUGUAUACUGGUCAUGUUGUCCUAUGUUUACAUCAUCAGUGCCAUCUUGCGUAUCCAUUCAUCAGAAGGCCGUCACCGAGCCUUCUCCACAUGUACCUCUCACCUGACUGUGGUCAUCCUCUGCUAUGGCACAGCCAUCUUUGCUUACUUGAGUCCCAAAGACAACAGUGCAUCCAACCAGGACAAGAUGCUUGCGUUCUUCUAUGCAGUGGUUACACCCAUGCUCAACCCUAUUAUUUACAGCCUAAGGAACAAAGAAGUCAAAGGGGCCUUGUCUAAAGUUGGAAGGAAGCGGCAAUGA